AUGACCACAUUAGACCGAGAGAAAGCGGAGUCCAUUAUCAGCAGGUCAUCAAAAAAGAAAAAGAACAGAAAGAAACGGGCCAGGCAAUGGACAGGAUACGUCGAAAGUCUGAAAACAACGAUUGACAUGAUGUAUGAAAUGUGCAGAAGCGAACAAUCAGUUGCGGGCUGUAAGGAGGCAAUGUUGUAUCUUCAAAACGCAUCCAAUGAUUUCAACUCGUUAAUCGAAACAAUAAACGUGGAAAAACAAUGGGAUCAGGAUGAGAAUAAUCAAGAAAUAGUAAAAAGACCAUCUGUCGCAUGGGAAGUCAGAAAGUCAAUGUCAUCUCCAAAUCCAGCGGUUCCAAUAUCUACAAUUAUUGCUGAAGCUGUUAAAAAUGCAUCACCCACUAACCAAAAAUCAUUGGAGCCCAAAACAACGAUCACGUCAACCCAAUCACAACUGACUUAUGCUCGAAUAACAGCCGCAGCUGCCGUAGCAGCAGUAGCUGUGUCUUCAUCAAAUCAACAGGUUGAUGAUGGGUGGAAAGUAGUAACCAAUCGAAGACGGAAAAGUACUUCAAGCACUACAGUAUCGGAGUUUGAUCGAGAAUUUUCCAUGGAAAAAGAUGCUGAUAUUCCAAAAUCAGAAGCUACUGAACCGCUGAAUGUUUAUGAACGACUUUCUUCAACAUCCUAUAAACGUGGUCCACCGGCAACAAGUCGUACCUUGACGUGCCCAAAAUCAGCAAUGGACCUCCCACAAACCCGUGCUUCAAUGGCUAAAAUGGCGUACAGUCGACAGUUGCUAUGGGAGAAAAACCAACAAGUUUUAGUCGAAAAAUUGAGGCAAAAGCAGAAAAAAGAAAAGAGAGGGAGUGGUACGGGAACUUCAUUGUGUGGAUUCACAUUUGCAGAUCCUAUGGCUGUUAGAAAAAGUGUUGAGGCAUUCAAUCAACAGAAAAUUGGAGGAAGACGUAAUUUAAAGGAAACUCCCAUUCCAUCUUCAUCUGUCAACAUCGAGCUUCAAUCAAUCAAUGAAGAAUCUCCAACACACCCAGCCACGUCAUCAGAAAAUUCUGAAGACGUACCAGCUGAUCCAACACCAUCUUCUUCAGUAUCUCAGCCUUCAAAGUCGAGAAAUGGAUCUCUUUUUGGAUAUGUCGCACUUCCAGAAGAACUUGAAAAAGAUGAUGAAUGGAGAGAAAUGACUGAAGAAGAAGAAUCUUUGGCACUGGAAGAAAACAGUCUGAAAUUAGAAAUAAAACAGGCUGAAUCUAUGGAAAUAGAUGCAGAAUUAGAGAGACAAGUUGAAAUGGAAGCAGCAGUUUUGGAGAGAGAACACAGAAGAAAGACCCAGAAAAAAGAAGAAAAGUUGGAGAAAACUCAGAAAAAACAAGAAGAAAUGGAGAAUUUUUUCAAAGUUUUCGAAGAAAUCCGAUCACUUGCCUGGUCAGAAUUAAUGGAACAAGAAUCAGUUGCUGCUUAUCAAAAAGCUCAAAAGUCGAUGAAUGUACAUGAACCUGGAACUCCAGUUGAAAGACAUGAAAAAAUGUCAAGUCCUUCGAGGAGAAAAUGUCAGAAGGAUGAUGAUGGCUUCGGAAAAAGGCAUGAAAUGAAACAGAAACAUGCGGAAGAAUUGAGACAACAACUACAAGAUGCGAAGGCUUUGAAACUAAAAGAGUUGACGAGUCGAGUGGAAGAAGUGAGAGCAAAACAGGAAGCAUUGAAAGAAAGAAAACGCCAAAUGCUUGAAGAACGAAUGCAACGUGCAUCUGACAAUCGAGAUAAAAAUAUAAUGGAAGUCGUUCGAAGAGCAAAAGAUGAUGAUCAACGAGUGAUGGAAGUGAAGUUCAUUGCCACGUUACAAGAGGAUAACAAAAUAUAUGAAUUACGAGCUAAAGAUGCAAAAGAAGAAGAAAAACAGAAACAAUUGGCUGAAGAACGAGCAAGAAAACAUGAAGAAAAAGCACAGAAAAAGAGAGAACAGGAAGCUGCAGCCACGGCACGGAGAGCACACGCGGCAGAGGCACGCCAAGCAAGAAUACGACAAUUGAAUGAACAAAAAGAACAGAGACAACAGAAGAAAGGGCUGUAUACUUCAGCCUUGACGGUUCCUUCGCAAUCUGCUCAAAACGCACCAGAAGAUAUGUUGGAAUACCUGAAUUCUCUUCUAUCGGAUCAAGAAGGCAUUGCUUCGUCUUUUGACUCAUCUGGACCUUCAGAAUCUCCCUCUGAAACGUCAUUGCAAUAUCUGUGGCCUAACUUUGCUCUCUUGGAAACACCGCGUGAAUGCACACUCUGCCCUUCUGCAGUAGUUCGAUCAGAUCUUGAAGCUGUAUCACAUGUGAUGUGUUCCAAAGAACACUCGAUGCAGGCAAAAAUGUUAACAUCUGGAAGUCAAGUUGAAGAACUAAAAAGACAUUUAUUUGGAAUUUUUAAAAUUUCAAAUAAAGUUAUGAAAGAAGGAGAAAUGGAAAAUGAGAAAUCAAUGCGGGAAGGGAAAAUGAUGAAAGCAAGGGAAGCUUUGGAGAAAAUCCAACUUACUGAAUCUCUUCCGGGACCGCUCUCUUCACCACGAAAUCGUACCAAGUUUGUUCGAGAAUUCAACAUGACAAUCGACAAACUAAUCUCUUCUACUCCUGGAAAAAUCGAUGAAAAAGUACAAGAAAACGUAGAAAAAGCCCUGUCCGAUUUGGUCCAAGCUGUCGAUUCCGAUCAAAAAAUGCAGGAAUCCUGUCUCAACCUAGAUCAAUUUUGUGCACUUCAAGGUCCACAAAAGUUGAUCGACCUACUUCUGGAUUGGACGAAAAAUGGCUUAUCGCUGAGACUUUGUAUUCGAAUUUGCCAUUCACUUUGUGUGUUCCUGAAGGAUCCACGUGUCGCAUAUGCUGUCAUCUUUAAACCUGAGUUGCUGAAACUUGUCGACAAAGUGAUAGAACUGAUUUUGACACUGAAAAUAGAAGAAUCCGAGAAAUCUGUUCUAAAAGUUUCAAAAACCAAUCAACCUGACACGAAAUCGCCUCAACUUUCUGCUCUACUAGAUGUUCUUUCCACGUGUCUCAAAUCUGCUUCGCAACGAAUUGCUCAUCUCAGUCUGCAGACGCAGCCGCUAAAACAUCAAUUAAAACUCAAUAAAGAACUUCAAAAGUUGGAUCAUCAAGUACUUGAAGCUAUUUUUGCAGUAGGCGAUUUUCUCACAUUUUCAAUUAACUCGGUUGAUAUCAAAAAUGCUCUUUCGAGAUCGAAGGGACCUGUUUUGUUAGCCACAAGAAUUCUAGGACUUGCGGAGCAUGCUAAUCAGGAGUUUCUGAGCCAAGUGAGCACUGCAAUACUGGAACACGUCUAUAUAGUGAAAAGAGCCGCUGAACUACCAGGAAAACUGGAGAAAGUAGAUCAUAAAUCUGUCGAUGGUUUGGUGUCAAUGGUCAUCUCCAGCUAUUCUCAAAAUUCGGCAAUUAUGAAGAGUUGCUUCAUUAAAAACUCUGAAAACUUGAUAAUGAUGAUAGUUCUGAUAGAAGACUCAAUGUGGAAGUGUGCGCAAAGAAUUCGAGAACAAGGAAACAUUGGAGAGAGACCAUGGGGAACGUUAACCAAAGAUGAAGAACUACUGUGUAAACUUAGUCAACAACUCGGAAAUGUUGUUGAUAACAUGGAACAGUGGCAAAAACGUUCCGCAAUGGUCUCUUGGACUACUGGAAAUAGUUCAUGUCUUCAUAUUCUCCUCCAUAAAAUACCGAUUCGUUUACUUGCGAUUGGGAAACACUCGAAAAGGAUUGUUCCUACUGUUACCGAUAAAAUAAUGGAUCGUCUGACGAAUUCCGAAAAAUCUCAGAUGUUUGGAGACAUGUCGUCUGAUUGGUUUUUUGAGAAUUCCUUGUUCCCAGGAAGAAGCUCGACGUGA